AUGGGCAACUGCACCAAGACCCCUGAGCGGCGGCUCCCCAAGGAUGGGAAGCCUCGCUCGGGUGCUCCGAGCUCCGGCGCAGGGGACCCUGAGGACGUGCUGGACGUGGCACAGACUCCUCCGAUGCAGGGAUACUCGGUGCUUCAAGGGCUGGUGGGGCCAGCCUGCAUCUUCCUGCGGCAGAGCAUCGCCAUCACCCAACGGGACCGGGAGCUGCGGCCCGAGGAGAUUGAAGAGCUGAAGCAGGCAUUCCGGGAGUUCGACAAGGACCACGAUGGCUACAUCAGCUAUAAGGACCUGGGCGAGUGCAUGCGGACCAUGGGCUACAUGCCCACGGAGAUGGAGCUCAUCGAGCUGUCCCAGCAGAUCACCGGGGGCAAGGUGGAUUUUGAUGAUUUUGUGGAGCUGAUGGGCCCCAAGAUGCUGGCGGAGACAGCGGAUAUGAUUGGGAUCAAGGAGCUGCGUGAUGCCUUCCGUGAGUUUGACACCAAUGGGGACGGACAGAUCAGCAUGGCAGAGCUGCGGGAGGCCAUGCGCAAGCUCCUGGGGCAGCAGCUCAACUAUCGGGAGGUGGAUGAGAUCCUCAAGGACGUGGAUCUCAACGGCGAUGGCCUGGUGGAUUUUGAAGAGUUUGUGCGGAUGAUGUCACGCUGA